GACUCACGCGUUCUCACUUUUUCAUUAUCCAAUUUCAUAAUUACCAUGCUUGUCCACUUGAAUAUGAUGGAUGAUGACAAUACAAAAUUAAUUUGCAUCUUUUGAAAUUAUUUCAUAUUUGGGCACUCCCAGAAUUGGCAAAACAAGUACCCUCUUUUGCAUGCAGGUCUCUGCAGUCUGCACCCACUUGAUCCAAGCACACUCUCAGAAACUUGAACAGAGCAUCUGUCCUUGCCAAGGCUCGCUUAAAAAAAAAAAGGAAAGUCGUUUAGGAAAAAGAAAUUGUAAUUUAUAAGAGUAUUUAAAAUACUUUAUCAUAAAAUUGUGACUUUAUCUCUACUGUUUUUUUGGACAGAAGAAAAAAAGAAUUCAUUAAUCGAAAUUCGAAAGUGUAAUUGAAGAAGCGAACUUAAGAGUUAUGCAUUGACUGAAAUUAACUUAGUGGCGUGGGUAGCAGAAGAAUGGAUCAAACUCAGAGGGUUGCAGCCAUGGCAACGGCAACAGCCUCGCGCGCUCACCAGUUCCACCCUGCACGUUCACCCAUUCUCGAUCUCUUCAACCUUUACUUGGGAAGGCAUACCGCGCACAAGAACGAUGACUCAAUUCACGAACCACCGAAUAAAACACAGAAGCGUGUACUUGCUCUUAGAGAUAUCCCUCCGCCAAAUGAGCAGUUCCUUGUGGAUUUUGAGCAGCUACAGAAUCAGUUUCCGGAUCAAGAUCAGUUACGCUCUGUCACCGAAACCAUUAUCAUAUCGCUAGUCAUGCAGUGCAGUAGCCAUGGCCCACGAGCAGAAUUUCUCCUUUUUGCCAUACGAAGCUUGUGCAGUAUUGGCUGCAUUAACUGGGAUACUCUUCUUCCAUCGCUCCUUGCCUCCGUUUCUUCAGCAGAAUUUCCUGUUGGUCAUGGCAGUCAAUCAAUGCCAACUGUUUCGGCUUCGGGAUUAUCACAGUCAGGAAUGCUACCACCUACGACCUCUAUUGCCAAUUCUAAUAAUUUUCAGUCUUCAAAUCCUGCUUCUCCGAUACCUUCAAUUCAUCCUGUUGGCUCCCCUGCUCAGUCAGCUAUAGAACCAUUGUCUUGUUCAGCUUUAUCUCCAGUCAAAUCAUCUGAUGUUUCCAGCACCGGACCACAAUCUAAACAAGUGGCAUCCAUCAGAAACAACGAUCUUAGCAGCCUUCGCCAGCUAUGUUGCAAGAUUAUUUUAACUGGCCUUGAGUUUAAUUUGAAACCUGUGGUUUAUGCUGAAGUAUUCCACCAUAUGCUAAAUUGGCUGGUAAAUUGGGACCAGAGGCAACAGGGUCUUGACGAGUCUGAUCUACCAAAAUCAUGUGGACCUGACAAAGCCUUAACAGCUUGGCUACACAGUUGUUUGGAUGUGAUCUGGCUUUUAGUCGACGAAGGAAAAUGUCGAGUCCCCUUUUAUGAAUUAUUACGUAGUAGUUUGCAAUUCAUAGAUAAUAUUCCUGAUGAUGAAGCAUUGUUUACACUUAUCUUGGAGAUCCACAGGAGACGUGAUAUGAUGGCUAUGAACAUGCAAAUGUUAGAUCAGCAUCUUCAUUGCCCUACAUUUGGGACUCAACGGAUCCUUAAUCAAGCAACACUCAGUAUUUCAGGAGAAGCAGUAGCACAACCUCGACAGCCAGCGAUCACUUAUUUAAGUGUACUUGGAGAACCAUUGCAUGGGGAGGAUAUUGCGAAUUCUAUCCAGAAGGGAAGUUUGGACUGGGAGAGAGCUUUACGUUGUCUAAGGCAUGCUUUCCGCACUACACCAUCACCCGAUUGGUGGAGACGUGUGCUGGUAUUAUGUCCUUGCUUUAGGCCUUCUCAAGCACCUACUCCUGGUGCAGUGUUCUCGACAGAAAUGAUCAUUGAGGCAACUAUUGAUAGAAUUGUUGAACUUCUAAGAUUGACAAAUUCAGAGAUAAAUUGCUGGCAGGACUGGCUUGUCUUCUCUGACCUUUUCUACUUUCUUAUGAAAAAUGGGUGCAUUGAUUUUGUUGAUUUUGUGGAGAAAUUGGUGUCACGGCUUACAGAGGGUGAUCAUCCUGUUCUUAAGACAAAUCAUGUGACUUGGCUACUUGCUCAGAUAAUUCGGAUGGAGCUGGUCACGUCUACUUUGAACCCAGAUGCUAAAAAGAUUGACACAACCAGAAAGAUUUUAUCAGUUCAUAGAGAUGAGAGAAAUUCUGAUCCUAAUGGCCCUCAGAGUACUUUGCUUGAAUUUAUAAGCAGCUGUCAAUGCUUACGCAUAUGGUCGUUGAACACCACAACAAGAGAAUAUGUGAAUAAUGAGCAGCUUCAAAAAGGGAAGCAAAUAGAUGAAUGGUGGAAACAAGUAAGCAAAGGGGAUCGGAUGUUGGAUUAUAUGAACAUGGAUGAUCGGUCAAUAGGAAUGUUCUGGGUUUUGUCGUACACAAUGGCACAACCUACGUGUGAAACUGUAAUGAACUGGUUAACUUCAGCUGGCAUUGGCGAGUUGCCACCACAAACAAUGGGACAAACUGAGAGAUUACUCGCUACACGAGAAGUGACCCCUUUGCCCAUGUCAUUGUUAUCUGGACUUUCGUUGAACUUAUGUGGGAAGCUGUCCAUGCUAAUGGAGGAGGCUUUGUUUGUUGGGCAGGUUAUACCCAGCAUUGCGAUUGUUGAAACGUACACUAGAUUGUUGCUCGUCUCACCUCAUUCAUUAUUUCGCUCACAUUUCAAUCAUUUAGUGCAAAAAAAUUCUUCGUUAUUGAGCAAGUCUGGAGUAACACUUUUGUUGCUUGAGAUAUUGAACUACCGGUUACUUCCACUUUACAGGUACCAUGGAAAAAACAAAGUCUUGAUGUUUGAUGUGACAAAGAUUAUGUCUGCCCUAAGAGGCAAAAGAGGAGAUCAUCGAAUAUUCAGAUUAGCUGAAAACUUAUGCCUGAAUCUUAUUUUCUCAUUGAGAGAUUUCUUCUUUGUUAGAAGGGAAGGAAAGGGUCCAUCUGAAUUUACGGAAACCUUGAACCGAGCAGCUGUUGUAACACUUGCUAUACUUAUUAAAACACGUGGGGUUGCAGAUGCUGAUCACCUGCAUUAUCUACAAAGUAUGUUGGAACAAACAUUGGCAACAAGCCAUCAUACAUGGUCAGAAAAAACACUACGCUUCUUCCCUCCAGCUUUGCGUGAAGCAUUGAGUGGCCGAAUGGAUAAUCGAAGCCAGGAAAUAAAAUCAUGGCAGCAGACAGAAUCCACUGUCCUAAUCCAGUGCACCCAGCUUCUUUCACCGUCAGCUGAUCCUAGUUAUGUUAUGACCUAUAUCAAUCAUAGUUUCCCUCAGCACCGACGAUAUUUGUGUGCAGGUGCAUUGACAUUAAUGCAUGGCCAAGCAGAAAACAUUAACACCGGGAACCUGGGACGCGUGCUGAAGGAAUUUUCUCCUGAAGAGGUGACAGCUAACAUUUACACAAUGGUGGAUGUUCUGCUUCAUCACAUGCAGGUGGAGCUCCAGCAAGGACAUUCCUUACAGGACCUUCUAUCAAAAGCUUGUGCAACCAUUGCCUUCUUUGUCUGGACACACGAGUUACUUCCUUUGGAUAUCUUGCUUUUAGCACUUAUUGAUCGCGAUGAUGACCCACAUGCUUUGCGUGUUGUGAUUAGUCUACUUGAUAGACAAGAGCUUCAGCAAAGAGUGAAACUCUUCUGUAUUACACAUGGCCCCCAUGAACAUUGGCUUUACACAGGAGUAUACAAGCGGGUAGAGGUACAAAAGGCUCUUGGAAAUCACCUCUCAGGGAAGGAUAGGUUCCCUGUGUUCUUUGAUGAUAUUGCAGCACGUUUGCUUCCAGUCAUCCCCUUUAUUAUUUAUAGACUUAUUGAAAAUGAUGCUAUGGAUCCAGCAGACAGAAUACUGUGCAUGUAUUCUACAUUACUUGCUUACCACCCUUUUAGAUUUACGUUUGUUCGUGAUAUACUUGCAUACUUCUAUGGUCAUCUUCCUCCAAAGCUUAUUGUCCGUAUACUCAAUGUACUUGAUAUCAGCAAGAUUCCCUUCUCAGAGUCAUUCCCGCAGCAACUAACUUCACCAAAUCCUGCUGUGUGUCCUCCUCUGGAUUAUUUUGCAACUCUGUUAUUGGGGUUAGUGAAUAAUGUUAUCCCACCAUUGCAUAACAAUUCAAAAUCUGGAUCAAUGGUAGAUGCAACAAAACAUAACAAGCCUCCAGCUAUGUCUCAGUCUGGAACAGCAAAUUCUUCUGAGGGCCAGAAGGCAUUCCACCAAAUUCAGGAUCCUGGCACAUAUACUCAACUAGUUCUCGAGACAGCUGUCCUUGAAAUACUUUCCCUUCCUGUAUCUGCCUCUCAGAUAGUGCAAUCUCUUGUUCAGAUUAUUGUUAAUAUACAACCAACACUGAUACAGUCCAACGGUGGUCUCCAGAGUGGUUCAACAGGGCAAGGUUCAGUUUUACCAACAUCGCCUUCAGGGGGAAGCUCAGAUUCUCUUGGGGCAAGCAGAUCAACUCCUUCAAAUCCUGGAAUAAAUACAUCUAAUUUUGCUUCACGAAGCGGUUAUACAUGCCAACAACUGUCUUGCUUGUUAAUCCAAGCUUGUGGCCUCCUACUGGCUCAGCUUCCUUCCGAUUUUCACUUUCAGCUUUACUUGGAGACGACACGAGUUAUAAAAGAAAACUGGUGGCUUACAGAUUGGAAAAGGUCACUUGGUGAAAUAGACUCUGCCGUUGGCUAUGCUUUGUUAGAUCCAACUUGGGCUGCACAGGACAAUACCUCAACAGCUAUUGGGAAUAUUGUUGCCUUGCUUCAUUCUUUCUUCAGUAACCUCCCUCAGGAAUGGUUAGAAGGGGCGCAUGUUAUCAUCAAGCAACUUCAGCCCAUAAAAUCAGUUGCAAUGUUGAGGAUAGCAUUUCGUAUCAUUGGUCCACUCCUUCCAAAACUUGCCAAUGCUCAUUCACUGUUCAUCAAGACUCUGUCAUUACUCUUAAGCAUACUUGUGGAUGUAUUUGGAAAAAACUCCCAACCACCAGCUGCCGUUGAAGCAUCGGAAGUAGCUGAUCUCAUUGACUUCCUCCAUCACGCCGUCCAUUAUGAAGGUCAGGGAGGACCAGUGCAAGCUAGCAGCAAACCUAGACCAGAUGUUUUGGCUCUUAUUGGAAGGGCGUCAGAGAACCUUCGUCCGGACAUUCAGCAUCUGCUUUCACACCUAAAACCUGAUGUGAAUUCUUCUGUAUAUGCUGCAUCUCAUCCAAAGUUGGUACAGAAUCCGACUUAGGCGGUAGAGUAUACCCUCAGCAAGUCAGGGUAAGUGGUAGUCUCGCUAACAUUUUUGUACAUGGGGCCUGUUUAGUGUUAAGAAGUGGGAAUGCCUCCAGGACUGAACAUGUUUCUUUAAAAGCAUGUUGUGAAGUACAAUCCGGUGACAAACUGACGACAGAAUCUAGAUCUUGUAAUUAAGAACCCAACUUAGAUUUUACACUUGUAUUUCUUCCAAAGUGUCGAUGUAUAUAUAUGUUGCAAUGUUUUCUGUGAAACUUAGGUACUAGGUAAUGCCUCAUCAAUUUUCUUCAGGAGUUACUGUGCAUGUACGCCUCUUCAUCAUCAAUCCAUAUAUUAAGCUAAGAGGAUGCUUUUGGUGCA